AUGGCGUCCAUCCAGCCGCAGAUUCCAAAGUUAUCUAAGGAUAACUAUGAAAACUGGUGCAUCCAGAUGAAGGCUUUGUUCGGAUCCCAAGAUCUAUGGGAUAUUGUCAGUGAUGGGUUGGAUGAGUCCACCUUUGAACGGAUUGCUGAAGCGACAACAUGCAAGCAAGCAUGGGAGAUUCUUAGCACAAUCUUCAAAGGAGUCGAUCGUGUGAAGAAGGUUCGUCUCCAAACUUUUAGAGCCGAAUUCGAGACCUCACACAUGAAGGAAGGUGAGACCAUUUCUGACUUUUUUUCAAGGUUACUUGUUACUGUUAACAACUUGAAAAGAAAUGGUGAAAAGAUCGAAGAUGUACGGGUUGUUGAAAAAGUACUUCGAUCCCUCACAAUCAAAUUUGAGCAUGUGGUGGUUACCAUAGAAGAAUCGAAAGACUUAGAAAAUCUGUCCAUCGAGGAACUGAUGGGCUCGUUGCAAGUACGUGAGCAACGAAUGCAAAAAAAUGCUGGUUCAAUGCUUGAACAUGCCUUAGAGUCUAAGUUGACUUUAAAGAAUGAUCCUAAACAACGAGGGGGCCGUGGCACUAGCAAUCGUGCAAGAGGUAGAGGACGUGGAUAUUAUCCAAGCCAAUCAUAA